AUGUCGCUUGCCCGCGCCGUUCGCCUCGCCCGCCAGCCCUUGAAGCGCGCCUUCUCGACGUCCCCGCCGCCGGGUGCUAGCGCGGCCGACAACUCGUCCUUCUUCCAGAUCCUCGGCAUGGCCGGCGUCAUCGGUGGCGUUGCCUAUGUCUACCGUGACCCGGAUGUCCUUCCGCACGCCAUCAAGCAGUUCCUGCCCAUCCAGGAGCCGCAGGGCAAGAGCAUGACGCUCGAAGAGUAUGAGGUGUGGCGCGCCAGCCAGGGCGUCCCCAGCGGUUCGACGGCCAUCACGUCGACAAAGAAGCAAUCGGUCAUUGACGACGAGCCGGUCGUGGCAACUGAAGACGUGCCCGUCGCGGCCGCGGAACCCACCGUGAACCGCGAGUCGAUCCUUAAGGCUCUGGACGAGGCGCGUGAACAGGAAGCGAGCUUCUUCGCCGAACUCAAGGCCAACCGCGCCAAGCCCACGGACGAAGAGCGCGAGAUGCUUCAGGUCUUCAAGUCGGAGAAGGCGCGCCUCAAGAAGCAGCUCAAGGCCUUCCCGCCGCAAAAGUAA